ACGUGUGGAAAGGCCAGAGCCAGGCCAAAAAAACAUCCAGCCUGAUGUGUGGACCGAGCUGAGAGACAUGGUGGUGGAGCAGAGGGAGCUGCUGGAGUUCUAUCAAAGCCAGAUUGAAGAGCUGAAGAAACAAAACACAGCUUUGGAGGGGAGAGUGGUCUCUACUGAAGUGGGUGUGGAAGCACUGAGAGAGGACAAUUCAUGCAGACGGAAGGUGGCAUUCUCAUUUGCUUCAGGCUUAAACGACAGUCUUGGGCCACUCUCCACUGACACCAUACUGGUUUUCAGUAAAAAAAUCACAAAUGUAGGCAACGCAUACAGUAAAAUCACAGGUGUUUUCACUGCUCCACUCAGAGGAGUCUAUUACUUCAGGUUUAAUGUACUUGGUUACAGCAGUUCAUACAGGCUGGCUGUAUGUUUGUACAAAAAUGAAGAGAAAAUCUUAGACGUGACUGAAUUCCCGAAAGGACAGUAUGAGUACGCCGUUGGUGGAGCCACUCUGCUGCUGCAGGAAGGAGAUCAAGUGUAUGUUAAGCUCAGAAGUAACAGUCAAAUAAUUGACAACAUUGACAACCAUUGUACCUUCAGUGGUUUUCUGCUGUUUGCGAAGUGAAAUGCUGAUGAAUUAGUACAGCGUUAAAAAUCUCAAUCAUCACAUGGAAAUAAACUGCAUGUAUUUUCAUUUUUUACAUGCUAAAUGCCUUUCAUAUAUGUUGUGUUUCAAUCAAAAAUGACAU